UGUGCCAAAAAAAAGCUAAAAAACAAAAAGCAUCGGUGCUGAAGAAAUUGAUAGAGAGAGAAAUGGCGGACAAGCCAAGCAGAGGAUUAGUGUUAUACGGCGACGGAUUAGCGCAGUUCAUCGACGAAUCACAUACCCAUAUCCACUCUCUCGCUUCCAAAGCUUCCUGUGGCUUCUUGAGCCUCCCCAAUGCCCCUCCUUCAGAAAGUGAGGAUGAAAGGAUGGUAAGAGAGUUUGCAUUACUGGUGGAUGCAGACAAUGCAUACCAAGAUAUGAGUACUGAGAAGAGUGUCUUGUCACCAACAAUAUCGCAAAGGUUCAUGGGGAUGAAAGCUGCUGUUAUUACAAGCAAUCAUUCUUUGCAAUCGUUUGGAAGCAAGCAUGGCUUCACCGUGUUGCCAUUCGAAUAUUUCAGCGGAAAUGAUAAGUUAUCUUCUGAAUCAUCCUUCAAGGAUCUCACCUCUGAGCUACUGAAGUUGCUUGGAUUUCAAGAAGGGAAGACAGUAGAAGCGAGUCAAUUUGAUUUAGUAAUUUUUCACAUCACGGCUAAUGAAUUCAUAAAUGACAGUAGCUCUGAAGCUGUAAAAUGUGGCACGCGUUAUCUGAAUUCUAUGGUCGAAGAGAUAAUGUCCAUAGCAAAACCUGGAUCAGAAAUUGGUUCUCGCCUGCAUUUGUCUCUUGUUAUGAGCUAUGGGAAUAUCUCGAAAAUUGAUAGUACCAAUUUGUCAGUUCUGGUUCCUGUAGAUGAAAUGAACUCGGAUCUUUCCAUGCUUGUCCCUCGUCAGAGCUAUGCAAUGAGAGGUGUAAAGCCACGAGAUUCUGUUCGGCACCAUUGUCCGAUGUUAAUUGCUCAAUGGCAGUAUGCUGUGACGCGCAAGGAUACUGCAGAUACAUUUUCUUUUCAAGAAUUCAAAGAGCAUGGAGGAAAUCUCGUAAUACCGGUUGACAGAUUUAUCCAUGAAGUUGCAUUUAAGCUCUGGAAGGCCGCCAAGUAUGGAGCAUGAUUUCCGUCUCCUUAACGUCUAGCGGCAAAGGGCAACAUUUGCAGUUCGACCUUUUGACAUAACCAGUGAAGACUGAAGAUCAACUUUAACAGGGCAAGGGAUCUCGCCUAACUUUUAUAAGUUUUUCGAACUGUCUUUACUGUUCAUCUCUGUUCUCGGCAAUAUCUAGACUGUAGCAUUGUGCAUGUACUCAAAAAUAGCGUGAUCCAAUAAAACCAAGGAAUGCUACUGUUGCCCUAAUGCAGUUGCUUCAAGAUUUUGUAACAGGAUGAUCAUCAACAUUUGAGAUUCUUCUCUUUUGGUGGUAUCUGGAUAUUAAUAAAAUCCCAAUAAAAUGUUCCAAUUAUAACA